AUGGCCGCCUUGGAGUGCGCUAGACUGGAGGAGGGCGUCUUGCCAACCACCCUCGACAAGCUCACCAUUCGAAAAGAAGACGACGGUAACUUCACAUUGACUGCAUUACCUGAGACCAGCUCCGUCACCGCAAUCGUUGAAUCCGUCCUCGGCCACUCCGUCGAGCUACACCGUCUUCAAGCAUCCGGCGCAGAAGGCCAAUCCGGCUGUUCGAUCUACUUCGUUCGGGACAGUACCCACCCAGAAAGGACCGUCGCCGUCACAAAAGUAUAUCCACCAGCAUGUCAUAAGGACUUCUUCGAAGAGCUCGUUGCUUACCGGAGGUUGUUAUCUCUUUCCGAUCCACCGUCUGCUGCUCGACCCCUUGGAGUGGGAAGGACGCGCGAUGAAAACACCGCAGAGCCUAUGGGUGUGAUUGUCUACCAGCUCGCAGCAGGUAAGGCAAUCAACACAAUAAUCCGUGACAUUGGUCGGCUCUCCACUCUCCAACUGAUUGCGAAGCAGCCUUGCCCGGACGAAACAAGGGAAAUGAUGAAUGAUAUUGUUCGCGGCGCGCUCCAUGGCAUCUCAAUCAAUAAUAAAUCACAUCAGGCCCAAUCAUCCAAUAUGCCCACCGCCGAGUUUUUGGACUGUCAAUUCAAUGAACUGAUGGGCGACUUGAUCUCCGCCGUCCGAGGAGUGGCAUUAACACUGGCCAAGCUGCACCGGGAAAAAGCUGAAUGGAGCAGCACCAGUGAGUCUGUUGUCGACAGGCUCCGCAACAAGCUACAAGGAUGGGUACAAGAGAUCCAGGCAACUGGCCUCGUUGGUCGACCGGGCGAUCGAUUACUCCAGGAAGAAGGUGUAGCGUCGCUACUGCAUGGCGACGCCUCACCAGGAAAUUUCUUCUGGGACCCCGUUCAUGGAAUCACCAUGAUCGACUACGGGGGACUGACUCGCUCAAUGGAUGCGAGCGGCCGGCCUAUUGGACCGGCAGAAAUGGAUGCGGCUGGGUUUCAUGAGCGGCUGCGCAAGUACGCCGGGGAUUUCGGAAUGAGUGAAGCUGAUAUUGGCGAGGUUCAGGUGGAGUUCUGGAAAGCAUACCAGGCGCAGGGUAUACCAAUCAACGAAGGUCUUGCCCGGUUGUUCAAAACACGCACGCAGCUAUCUCGACUAUGGUCUGCUGUGGACAAGCAAGAUACAUCACGCGAUGAACAUAAAGCUGUCCAGCUCAGCGAAAAGGUUAAAUUUGAGUGGGAACGUCUUCUCAGUAUCUCGCCCGAAAGGAUCCAACCCUGGAGAGUGCUUGUUGUUGCCAACGCCAGCGGGCCAGGUAAAGGAGGUCUGCCUCUGUUGAAUCAAGAACUAGUCAAAGCCAUGUCGGAAAUUCCCAAUGCAUCAGUGACUCUGUUUAUGAUAGAGCCUGACAAUGAAGUCAAAAACACAUUGGCAUCGUCGGGCCAUGGUUGGGCUAAAGUUGUCUGCAUUCCCUCUAGAGGAAUCGAUCCCAGUGCCUUGCUCUACCAUGUGGCGAAGGUACACCAGCCAGGAGAUUAUGGUCUGCCAAUUCCAGACGACCAGCAUCCGUCCCCAUUCAAUCUCAUCAUUGGCCACUCGCGAUACUCCAGCACCGCAGCUUCCUUGAUCCGCGAGAGAUGGUAUCCCACAGCCAAGCUCGCACUCAUCACACAUACCAGCGCCCUGCGAAAGUCCGACGUCGCGUGGAAGUGGUACGGACAAACACGCGAGCUAGGCUAUGUUGAAGCUGCUCGGCUGGCAAUGCUCGACGAGAGGAUUCUCCCUAAAGCAGAUUUGGCUGUUGGAGUCGGGCCUGUGCUCACGACCGAAGCACGGGAACGCGAGUGGAUGGGCCAAUGCAAUCGGCCACGAUCAAACAUGAUGGGACCACGCUUCCAUGAACUAGUUCCGGGUGUGCGCACGGGUGAUGCUUGCACGCAACAACGACAGCCGAAUGACCCAUUUCGGGUCCUCCUCGCUGGCCGAGCAGACGACCCCGCCAAAGGUUUAGAUGAUGCUGUAUACGCUGUGCGCAAGAUUGCACUCUCUGGCAAUGAUAUCUCCCUGGACGUACUGGGUGUCCCGGCAGAAGACGUGGGGCGCUGGCAGCAGGUAGUCGAUGAGAUGACAGGCAUGCCAGAGCUCGCCAGGAUGCACCCUUUCUCCGAUGACCCUAACGCGGUCUCGCGGUUUUACUGUAACGCGGACCUGGUAAUCAUGCCCUCAAUGCACGAGGGGUUCGGGAUGAUCUUUACCGAAGUGGCCGGGCUGGGCGAAAGUGGUGCGGGCCAGCUCGCGCUUGAUCGCAGUCGCAUUCCACCGGAACUUGGUCAGGCCUGUGUGGUGAUGGACGAGAGCACAUAUGGAAUCGUGCCCUCGCCGACGAGCCAGCGUGUAGCCGUCUGGGCUCAUCGGAUCGACCAGCGAAUCAUGCGAGGUUAUUCGUGGAGGCACGCCGCCAAGGCUCUGCUUCGUUCAGCGAUGGAGGGUGAGGGAGACACAGUCCAGAUGGCACAUGGCAGCGUUGCACCAGCAUAUUCAUCAUGGCCUCGUCCAUCGCUUGGGAUGAGCAUGGUAUCGUCAAUGCGUCGAGCCGCACGGACGCGAAAUCGCAGUGGAAAGCCGACCUUGAAACAGGUCGACGAUGUCAUGCAAAGUCUUCCAGAGAUAGCCCCUACUAUUUCGGCGCUAGAAGAGCAUGUCUCUGCUGCCGUGGGCUGUGCUGUCAACUUGCGGAGUCUGGACCCCACUCACCCGGGAGGCUUUUCUGGUGCUAUCAUUUUCUUUGCUUACGCCAACGAUGAAUUUGCGAACGGAGAGACAUCGUUAGCAUCCAAUGAUCCAUCCAAAGGUCGUGUGGUUGCUGUAAUUAAACUGUUCGUCCACGGCUUGGACAAUGGGAUCACGGAAGAGUUGUCAAGCCUUGAAUGGCUUCUUCUGCAGACCAAGGGUGACAUCAAGACUGCUGCUCCGUUGGCAGUUGGGCGCAUGACGUGGGAUACCAAACCAGCCGGUGUGGUCACGUAUCAAGUUGCCCCCGGGGUAUCCCUUUACCAGCUUAUGAUGCAGAUAGGCCGCCUACCGUCGGGACCUGCGAAAAGAGACAUGUUAUCCGUCUUCAACGCUGGCGUGCAGGCAGUCGCACGUACCCUGGCCAGAUUACACACCCAUAGCGUCGAAGGGCGACCAGGCACAGAGUAUCUCGAGUGGUAUUUUAACGCCGCAACGAAACGAGUCAAGCAGGCAUUGGUGUACAAAGACAUUAUUCGUUCCGCUGGACUUGAAGUGGACCAGCUCCCUGGGAAAAUGAAUCAACUUGUUGCCGACUGCAAGCGUGACAUUGCUAGUCGUCCGCGCACCACUGUCGUGCACGGAGAUGCCCAUCCUGGAAAUUUCUUCUAUGACAGCGCGACGGGGCAUGUCACUAUGAUCGACACGACGACGCUACACUGUUCUCUAGACGAGAAUGGUGAGCCGGUUGGGGUACCAGAACGAGAUCUUGGUCAUUUCAUGCAUAUGCUGCGACGAACGGGCGAACAGUAUGGCCUUACGCGACAGGAGAUGCAGGAGAGCACAUCCGAUUUUGUGGAGGCGUAUCUUGGAAAUGCAGCGGCGCCAGCAAACGUUCAAAUUAUUCGGUUCUUGAUGUCGUGUUCGGCUCUGUCAUUCUUGACUUAUGCGGCACAGUCAGAUCAGACAAAAGUAGAGAUGCAGGUUAAAAUUUUGCAGGAUUUAUUUUGCCUUGGAGAGGGUUGGACGCAAUUGGAUGGAAUGCAAGGUUUAUAA